AUGUUUUCGGUCCGGCGCUUGGGGGCCCGGGUAGGCAGCUACGCCACCUACGGAGGCACUACCGGUGACUGGCGGGCGCAGUCCGACCGGAUUAUGGAAAUGAACUACGACGAUUGGCUGAGGGACAAGGUGGUGUACGGGACUGCCGAGAGCGUAACGGACCGCCUGCACGAACUAACUGAGGAACUUGGCUUGGACCAAGUCAUGUUCGAAGUGAAUUACGGCAAUCAGAUUCCCUUGGAGCGACAGCGCAAAUCACUGCGGAUGUUCACGGAGAAAGUAAUCCCGCAUUUCAAGUAG